AUGCAUCCAAACAACAACGAGAUGCAUAAGCGUACGGAGGGCGCCUGCGAUUCCUGUUACAAACGAAAGAUUAAAUGUGAUGCGGCGGUCCCGCAGUGCAAUUGGUGUUGCCACCAUAAUCUGCCCUGUACUUUCGAUCGAGUGUUUCAGAGAAAGCGAAAAAAGGAAGAUGGGGGAAUUCGGCCCCGGGUCUCGCGUCUGUCAGAGCGCAUCAACCGCAUCGAGCAGCUCCUAACGGAGAAUCUGAUGCGGGACCCCAGUUCAGUCCCACCGAAGUUCUCUGAGAUUCUAGAUGGUAACAAAACUGCUAGUAGCUCGCGUAGCACCAGCAGCAGCAAUCAGCCCCUGAUCUCGUCUUCGGUGGGCGUCCAUUUUGCUGGGAGAGAGCUGGGUGUCAUUAAUCUACUUACAGGGUUUCCAUUUCUUCUACCAGGAGGCCAAGAAUGGAUCCAGGCUCGGACUGGGCAGACUAUCUCGAGCGAUAAGCUCUGCCCCGCGCGCGAACCGUGGGAGGAAGAGCGAGAACAGACCUCUUACACUUUCUUAAUGAAUAAUCCUAACCAGAACCUCCACGAGCUGCCGGACUGGCGGGUUGUGCGUGUGUACUUCGAGGCCUACAAGAGCUCCGCCGUGAUGCAGCGCACUUUCCCAGUCGUGGAUGUCAAGCUGUUCGAAGAGACAAUCCAUGCGGCUUGUCAGCAGCCACAAUCAACCUUCAGAUUGGGACAGGCCAGCAGCCGAGCGUGCAUCUUCGCCUUCCUGGCCUUUGCCGCCCGCUUUCUCCCGCUCAAAAAGGAAUUCAGCGAUGCAUCAUUUCCUCCAGUCGAUCACGAUGCUUUAGCCAGUAGGAGUCAGUUUCUACUGGCUCAGACUUUGCAAGACCCCACAAAUCUAGAUGGAGCACAGGCAGUGACUAUGUUGACCCUCUGUGGAAUUUUAUCAGGCAACAUACGGGCUACUAACUAUUUUGGUGCAAUUGCCGCGCGCCAGCUCUUCAUGCUGGGUGCCAAUCUGACCAACAACCACAUUUCUCAUCAAGGCGAGUAUGGCCAAAGGCGGCAACACCAACUCCGCAAUCUUUUUUGGAUAUGCUACACAAUAGACAAGGACGUUGCUCUUCGUACAGGGCAGCCACCUAUCAUUGCCGAUGAGAAUUGUGACUUGACCCUCCCACCGGGCUAUUUGGACCGAGCAUUCUCCGAUCCUGAGAAGGACGAUAAUCCUUCCAUGGAGCCGGUGUUCCCCUUUGACCUGCGCCUGAGCAUAAUCAAGUCCCGCGCAUAUAGCCAUCUGUACUCUGUGAGCGCACUCCAAAAGUCUGACGCGGAUUUGUUGAAGUCUAUCCGAGAGUUGGACGACGAGCUGGAAAAGUGGCGGCUGUCGAUUCCGCCCGAUUGGCGCCCAAUCAUGUCCUUUUCACCCAAGGCCUCGGACCCGAAUGUGAGCAUGCAUUCGCUCGUGCAACGUUUGAAUUACUAUCUCUGCAUGACCGUCAUCCACCAAGCGGGCAGUCGGUGCAAAGCGUGGAUAAAGGGCAAUGGGACUAUGGACGGGGUGAGCUCGAGUCUUGCUCUCUCCGUCGAAGCUAGUCGAUCAACUCUCUGUUAUCUGGAAGCGGCAGAGCAUGUAUUGAUUGAAGGUGUAUUCCGGGCUUUAGUUUUCUACCCUAUGUCGGCACUGCUUACAACAUUCUGUAGCAUCCUCCAGACUCCGCUGGACCCGCGCUCGCGCGACGAUCUAGAUCGGUUGAAGAUGAUCACGGCCAUAAUGGAGCGCAUCUUCUCGCAGAAGCUGCCUAAAGAUGAGGCCGUCCACUUUAAGCUGGUAGCUGACUUCGUGGCCGAGCUGAAGCGGCUGGCAGAAUGCGCUAUUGAUAAGGCGUGGCGUGAGCAGAGUUCCGACUCGGUUCUUCCGCAGUAA